GGGACUUCGUGGAUCAGGGUUUGAAGUUCCACCAGGCAGGUUUGUUGAGACGGAACAAUCUUUGAUUGUGAGUUCUCUGGUGACGCUUUUAACUCAAUCAUGCUUUAACACAAUCUUUCUUAAAGUCAAUAAUUUUAAACUCAAUCAUUCUUAAACAUUCUUUAACUCAAUAAUUUUAAACUCAAUCAUUCUUUAAAUCAGUCACUAUCUCAAUGACUCUUAAACUCAAACGUUCACUCAAUCAUUCUCACUUGAAACGUUUCAGACUAGCCCACCAUGGAAGGCCCAACCAAGAAAGCGGUUGUGUUUCUUUUGAGCGCCUUGAUUGUCCUGGUCACGUGUAGGAUUACAGCCAGCGGUCAGCUCUUUGUCCUCCAGGAUGAACCCAGGAACUACUCAUCAGCCUCCACCAAGUGUAAACUCUUGGGAUAUGACGGCCUGGCUUUGGUGGAUUCAAACAUAUCGAUGAAUAACGCCCUUAGCUUGGUGAAAAACUUAGACAAGUGAGUGAUUUGGUCUGAUAUCGAUGAAUAACGCCCUUAGUUUGGUGAAAAACUUAGACAAGUGAGUGAUGUGGUCUGAUAUCGAUGAAUAACGCCCUUAGUUUGGUGAAAAACUUGGACAAGUGAGUGAUGUGGUCUGAUAUCGAUGAAUAACGCCCUUAGUUUGGUGAAAAACUUGGACAAGUGAGUGAUGUGGUCUGAUAUCGAUGAAUAAUGCCCUUAGUUUGGUGAAAAACUUAGACAAGUGAGUGAUGUGGUCUGAUAUCGAUGAAUAACGCCCUUAGCUUGGUGAAAAACUUAGACAAGUGAGUGAUGUGGUGUGCCUAUUCUCGAUAGAUCGGAUGACAUCAUAAAAUUGAUGUUGUGUGUUUAUACCAGCCAGAGCGUAAGAAAUAGACACAAGUAUAAUUUUGAACUUUGCCAUUGCCGUACACAAUAUUUAAAAAACAAUUUUCACAGCAUUUCUUUUUAAACUAACCCAUUUCAGGGCAAACUCUGUUGUCUGAGUUCAAAUUCUAGAGUUAAUAUUACAAAGUAAACUAGUUUGAGUUGUUUGUGGCUACCAGGACUGCACUAACAUGAACAGGAACCAAGGUUUUCCAGCAAUGCUUGAUAUGCUACGCCGUUAUUAGGCCAGUAGACGUAGACAUUGUAAUGUUGUAUUUCAUGUACAAACUACUAAGGUCUUGGUUGUCUUAUAUAGGAACAACCAGUACUGGAUUGGAAUGCACUAUUCUGACAGCAGAGGCAGACAUGUUUGGGAUUCAGGUAACACUGAUUGUCACAGUCCGUGAUGUUGUUCUGCUGUGUCAUAUUCUGACGUUUGUUAUAUUAUGUGAGUGCAUGAUUGUAUGUUGUCUGACGUUUGUCAUAUUAUGUGAGUGCAUGAUUGUAUGUUGUCUGACGUUUGUCAUAUUAUGUGAGUGCAUGAUUGUAUGUUGUCUGACGUUUGUCAUAUUAUGUGACGGCAUGAUUGUAUGUUGUCUUAACGGUACGUCCCCUUUAGACGCGAAUUUAUCUCAGCCACGCAUGACGUAUGACGCAUGACGUUUACGCAUGACAUAAGACGUAUGACGCAUGACGUAUGACGCAACACGCAUGACCUCGGCUGAGUGCUAGCUAAAAAUCCGGUGGUACAAAAGUUAGGUACAUUUUCCUGAGUGCCAGUGAAUCCUAGUUUUUGAGAUACUAGUGAAAUUAUAUUAUCCUAUUUAUGGAUACGGGAUUAUUAUAUUUUCGCAAGGAUUUCUCCUCCUAAAUUUUUUUUUAGAUAGGAUGUGUUGGCUUGUUGGACGAGUCUAUUCUAAUCUGAACAACAAUGAUUGUUUCUUAUGCAUUUGUCACUAUCAUGGAUAUAUAUAUAUAUAUAUAUAUAUAUAAUAGAAACGGUAGAAAAACAAUAAAUAAUAUGAUCACUCCAGUUCAUUAUAUAUUUUUUAAACAACUUUUUCUGUUAAUGAAAGGUGUGAAGUGUCAUUUUAUUUUCACGCAAUUAAAAUAAAAAAAAACAAAGAAUUCAAACCUCUGUAAUACACUAAAGCGCAACAAUUUAAGCACCACUGAUCUGGUCAAAUCAAAUAUAUAAUAUGUCUUAUUUCAGGGACGGCAGUAACCUGGGCGUUGUGGAACAGUGGUGAACCGGACAAUCUGCAAGAAGAUAAAUGUGUCCGAAUCCGGACAACACAGAACUUGGGAACAUGGACAUGCGCAGAGAAGUUUAUGGCGCUGUGCGGCUACUGUAAGAAAAUACACGAUCAGUUCGUUCAUUUUACCUUUACGAAUGUAACAAGGCUUGCACUAAAAAGUCGAAUGGUGCCUCAUUAAAAAAUUAAUCAAUAAAUGUUAUUAUAGUUAUUUACACAUUUCGCAUCCUUACAAAUAGUUUGACUAGUCCCCACACCCUGCAGAUAGUUUGACUAGUCCCCACACCCUUACAAAUAGUUUGACUAGUCCCCACACCCAUGGGCGCCCGCAGGAAAAUUUCUAGGUGGGGGGGGGGCUAAAAAAAUCGAUUAACUUUCCCUGUGGGGGGGCAGCAAUUUUUUGUAAUGUUUUAAUAUAGUUUUAAUUUACUGUAGCGUAUUUGUAUGGUGAACGAACGGACAGGACAUCAAUUAGUUACUUUAUUUUUAUUUUCUCUUUACUUUAAUUGGGGGGGCUAAAAAAAUCGAUUAACUUUCCCUGUGGGGGGGCAGCAAUUUUUUGUAAUGUUUUAAUAUAGUUUUAAUUUACUGUAGCGUAUUUGUAUGGUGAACGAACGGACAGGACAUCAGUUAGUUACUUUAUCUUUAUUUUCUCUUUACUUUAAUAAAAAAAAAAUCUAUUUUUGUCUAAAUUUUUUUAUCCAAUCAAUCCAGGGGGGGGGGCAAGUGCCCCCCUUGCCCUUACCUGCCGGCGCCCAUGCCAACACCCCUAAAAUAGUUUUACUAGUCCUCACAUCCCUACAAAGAGUUUAACUACUCCCCUCACCCUUAAAAUAGUUUGACUAAUCCUCAAACCUCUACAAAUAGUUUUACUGGUCCUCACAUCCCUAAAAAUAGUUUGACUAGUUCUCAAACACCUGGAAAUAGCUUGACUAGUCCUCAAACCACUAUAAAUAGUUUGACUAAUCCUCAAACCUCUUCAAAUAGUUUGACUAGUUCUCAAACCCCCCAAAAAAUGUGACUAGUCCUCAAACGCGUACAAAUAGUUGACUAGUCUUCACACACAUACAAAGUUUACCUAGUUCUCAAACCACAUUAAAUAGUUUGACUAGUCCACACACCACUACAAAUAGUUUGACUAGUCCUCACACCCCUACAAUAUUGGACUUGUCCUCACACCCCUACAAAUAGUUUGACUAGUCCUCACACCCCUACAAUAUUGGACUUGUCCUCACACCCCUGCAAAUAGUUUGACUCGUCCUUAAACCAAUACAAAUAAUUUGACUAGUUCUCAAACCCCCUAAAUUAGUUUGACUAAUCCUCUUAGCUCCUCAAAUAGUUUUACUAGUCCUCACACGUUUACAAAUAGUUUGACUAUUCUUCACACCCCAACAAAUAGUUUGACUAAUCCUCACACACUUACAAAUAAUUAGACUAUUCUUCACACCGCUACAAAUAGUUUAACUACUCCCCACACCCCUUAAAAUAGUUUGACUAGUCUUCACACCCUGCAGAUAGUUUGACUAGUCCUCACAACACUACAAAUAGUUUGACUAGUCCUCACACCCCUACAAUAUUGGACUUGUCCUCACACCCCUACAAAUAGUUUGACUAGUCCUCACACCCCUACAAUAUUGGACUUGUCCUCACACCCCUGCAAAUAGUUUGACUCGUCCUUAAACCAAUACAAAUAAUUUGACUAGUUCUCAAACCCCCUAAAUUAGUUUGACUAAUCCUCUUAGCUCCUCAAAUAGUUUUACUAGUCCUCACACGUUUACAAAUAGUUUGACUAUUCUUCACACCCCAACAAAUAGUUUGACUAAUCCUCACACACUUACAAAUAAUUAGACUAUUCUUCACACCGCUACAAAUAGUUUAACUACUCCCCACACCCCUUAAAAUAGUUUGACUAGUCUUCACACCCUGCAGAUAGUUUGACUAGUCCUCACAACACUACAAAUAGUUUGACUUGUCCUAACAACCCUGCAAAUACUUUGAAUAGUCCUCAAACAACUACAAAUAGUUUGACUAGUCCUAACUUCCAUACAAAUAAUUUGACUAGUCCUCAAACCCCUUCAAAUUGUUUGACUAGUCCUCACACCUCUACAAAUAAUUUGACUAGUCAUCACACCCCUACAAAUAAUUUGUCUAGUCCUCACACCCCUACAAAUAAUUUGACUAGUCCUCACACUCAUACAAAUAAUUUGACUCGUCCUCACAACCUUACAAAUAAUAUAACUCGUCCUCAAACCAAUACAAAUAAUUUAACUAGUUCUCAAACCCCAUAAAAUAGUUUGACUAAUCCUCACACCUCUACAAAUAGUUUUACUAGUCCUCACACGUUUACAAAUAGUUUGACUAGUCUUCACACCCAUACAAUUAUUUUGACUAGUCUCCACGCCCCUACAAGUAGUUUGACUAGUCCUCACACCCUUACAAAUACUUUGACUAGUUUUCACACUCUCUAUAAUAGUUUGACUAGUCUCAUACCACUACAAGUAGUUUGGCUUGUCUUCACAACCUUACAAAUAGUUUGACUAGUCCUCACACCCCUACAAAUAGUUUGACUACUCCUCACACCCCUACAAAUAAUUUAACUACUCCCCACACCCCUUAAAUAGUUUGACUAGUCUUAAAAACCCUGCAGAUAAUUUGACUAGUCCUCACACCCCUUCAAAUAGUUUGACUAGUCCUCACAUCCCUUCAAAUAUUUAGAUUAUUCCUCACACCCCUACAAAUAAUUUGACUAGUCCUCACAUCCCUACAAAUAUUUUGACUAGUUCUUACACCCCUUCAAAUAGUUUGACUAGUCCUAUUACCCCUAAAAAUAAUUUGACUAGUCCUCACAACCCUACAAAUAAUUUGACUAGUCCUCACACCCCUACAAAUAAUUUGUCUAGUCCUCACACACAUACAAAUAAUUCGACUAGUCCUCACACCCCUACAAAUAAUUUGACUAGUCCUCACACCCAUACAAAUAAUUCGGCUAGUCCUCACACCCCUACAAAUAAAUUGACUACUCCUCACACCCCUAAAAAUAAUUUGACUAGUCCUCACACCCCUACAAAUAAUUUGACUAGUCCUCACACCCCUACAAAUAAUUUUACUAGUCCUUACACCCAUACAAAUAAUGUGACUAGUCCUCACACCCAUACAAAUAAUUUGACUAGUCCUCACAUCCCUUCAAAUAGUUUGACUACUCCUCACACUCCUACUGAUAACGUUACUUUGAAGAUGGUGUCGGUGGGUCGUCGAGUUUGCACUCAUAAUACCCUCGGCACUCCCCCAAACGAGCCAGGGCCGAAGCCCCAGACCAUGCUGAAGCGCGCCACGAACUUCCCUCCUGGCCUGAUGGACGUCCGGUAGACCGAGGGCGCUACGUUUAAAGCGUCCGUAGUCCACUCUUCUAUGGGUCAGGACGGCUUUACUUCCUCUCCGGGGAAUUGGUGCUGCGUUACCACUCCCCACCGCCCAGGGCCCUGUCCGGUCGCGACGUAGCGGGGACGAAACUGUCGCCUAGGGGCGGCUUUCUCAGGGCCGCGUCUUUUUAAUCAUUGACAAGGGUUUGGGUGGCCACCCAUUGCCUCAUACCCAUCAACGGCAACAAGUAAUCAUGUUAGCGCUCAACUUCCGUUGCGUUGGAAGUCAUGCGUUUGACUGGGAUUUUUUAGCUUCAGAAGGAAACCCCCCCCCCUUCCCUACUAGUCGGUCAAGCCACGAAGAGGCAAAAUCCCUUGUAACAACACUCGAGCAAGUGGUGCUGAGCAAAGACCUUACAGAGCUUGGUCUUUGCCAGACCGCCUAACACCCCUAAAAAUAUUUUGACUAGUCCUCAAACCCAUACAAAUUGUUUGAUGAGCCCUCACACUCCUACAAAUAAUUUGACUAGUCCUCACACACUGACAAUUAUUUUGACUAGUCCUCACACUCCUACCCAUACAAUAUAACAGCAUAUUUAAUUUUCAGUUAAAAGGACUGAAUAGUUUUCUUUACUGAAAUACAAGAAGAAAUAAAAUAGUGAACUUUUGAAAUAAGUUUGUGAGUUCUUAUAUCAAGUACAAAUAUUCAGCAAUAUAUAUAAAUAUAUAUAUAUAUAUAUAUAUAUAUAUAUGACAGUUGGGAGCUUCAAGCAACUUGGAGUAAUUGUCUUGGAAGAAGGCUUAAGUCCGACUUGAUGUCCAGGAUGGCACAGACCACAACACUGCUAAAGAGGCUUAAGAAAAUAUGGAAUGACAAAAAUAUAGACCCCGGCACCAAAAUCAGGCAGAUGCACUCAUGUUCCUCUCCAUUGUCCUGUAUGCCUGAGAGGCCUGUAGAUUACUAGCAGAGCUUCAAAGAAAAUUAAAGGCGAUGGAGAGGAGAUGUUUCAGAAGCAUUCUUGUCAUCUGCUAAAAACCAUAUCUCUAACGAACAGGUGAAAGAAAGGAUUCGUCAGGCAAGUGGGCAAUAUAAUGACCACCUGGUGACUGUAAAAAAAAAAAAAAAAAAAAAAAAAAAAAAAAAAAAAAAGGAAAGGAAAAGAGAAAAAAGAAAAAAGGAAAAAAAAAAAAAAAAAAAAAAAAAAAAAAAAAAAAAAAACCACCUGGGAAAUGAAAAAAAAAAAAAAAAAAAAAAAAAAGCAAAAACUAGAAUGGUUAUGGCCACGUGACAAGAAAACAAGGGCUUGCCAAAGAAAUCAUCCAAAGAAAUAAUUAUAAAAAAGUUGAUUUAUUUAUAUAUCCAUAUGAGCGUCUAUAUUUAAACUAUAUCUAACACAUCGAUGAGGUCGGUUUCUGAUAGAUUUUAUAAUUAGUUUUUCGAUUUCAUGGGUAUAAUACUGUGAGAACUUAGGUAUACGUUCAAUUGUCACUGUCAUUGUCACUUUUAUUGUCACUUUCAUUAUUACUUUAAUUUUUACUUUCAUAGUAACUUUCAUUGUCACUGUCAUUGUCACUGUCAUUGUCACUUUUAUUGUCACUUUCAUUGCCCUCUCACAGAUAAUUAUACGACCACCCAAUUCAACAUUGUCAAAGGAAAGAUGCCCCGGGAUAAUUCAGUAGGCGCUCUAUGGUCUGGUCAGGUCCGCUCAGUGUUAGAGUGCGUCAUGUAUUGUAUUAAAGAUCCCACCUGCCAGUACAGCGGCUUUGACAGGCUACUCUCCAAGUGCACCACCUGGUCAGCGGGAUUCUCCGUCAAGAGCUCCACCGACGACUCGCCAAGCGCAGAUUUAUUGAUAAGGGAUGGUUAGUUUUGUAUCAUAGGAAUUGAUUUUGUAUCAUAGCAACUGAUUUUGUAUCAUAGCAACUGAUUUUGUAUCAUCGAAACUAAUUUUGUAUCAUAGCAACUGAUUUUGUAUCAUAGCAACUGAUUGUAUAUCCUAGCAACUGACUUUGUAUCAUAGCAAAAGAUUUCUAUCAUAGCAAAUGAUUUUGUAUCAUAACAACUAAGUUAUUUCAAAUGUAUGCCUUUUAAAUGCUUUUUAUUUAUUUUAAAUGCAAUGAGGCUAGGUUUUAAAUAUAUAUAUAUAUAUAUAUAUAUAUAUAUAUAUAUAUAUAUAUAUAUUAAUAUAUAUAUAUAUAUAUAUUAAAAAUUAUUGAUAUGUAUUAUAUAUUUGACCCACUUCCCGUCAUCCUAUCGAGAUGACACUUGGUUCAUAAAACGCUGCAGAUGUCAACAUAUUCUUUCAAAUUUUCACCCCCAAAACUCAUUUUUUUUCCUGCUUUUCAAGGAGAAAAUGAAGCAAAUAUGGUGCAGUGAUUUCAUAACAAUUGCAGUCAUUGCUAUUGCACAUAAUAAUGCAUAAUAAUGUUUUUAGAGGUUGUUUGAAAUAGGUUUAGAUCGGUUGGAUUCCCCAACUUAUUUAUAAAGUAAAUUAUAACCUAAUUGACAACCUAAUUUUAGAUAUUUUCUUUCUUUCUGUUCUCUAUUUACGUCAGGUCUCCUCUCAUUCCCAUUGGACUUCAUGUGACAUGCUGACAUUCGCAUUCCUUAAUCUGUAUAAAUUUGAAUUUAUUCCAUUGUAAUAAAAAUGAGAUAGUUUAUGAGAUAGUUUAUGAGAUAGUUUAUGAGAUAGUUGUUGAGAUAGUUGAUGAGAUAGUUAGUCGUUAAAAUGUUGUUAUUAAAUUAUUUGUUUGUUUAUUCUCAGUUUGUAUCCCCCCCCCCAAGUAAUGACGUAUAUAUACGCCCAUGGAGUUUUUGGUGACAUCACGAAAUUCCCUACCAUCAGAUACGGUCUCCUCAGUACUUAUUUUACUUAAUCAUCGAUCCUCUCGUACCAAACUUCUCCCACUAACCAUCGACCCUCACAUACCUAGCUUCUCCCACAAAACAUCAUCCCUCUCAUUCCAAACUUCUCCCAUUUACUUUCUACCCCACGCUCCCUAACCUGAAAAUGUUACAGCACGAUUUCAACUGAAACAAGUAAAAUUACUUCUGAAUUUUCGUUUAAAACUCUUGCCAUCGCUAACAUACCUUUCAGUGGUGUUGAGGCCAAUGUUAUUUGUAUUAUUCUCAAAACUUAAUGGAUAGAUCAUAACUGUCACAAAAUAUGCCUCCAUUUUAAUGCUCUAAAUUUCAUAGCUUAUUUGCUUCCUAUUGAGGAUCUAUAUUUAAAAUGAAACCUAUCACAUCAUGUUUUACGAAACCCAUGAUGGAUACCUGGCCCAUCAUAUAAUAUGGGGAAUGAUUUAAUAAGUAGCACCUUUAGUUUGUUAUUUUACUUUUUUUGUGUGGAGAAUAAGCAUCACUGACAUCCUGCCCCGGGGAAAAAUAUAUAUAUAUUAAAUCUCUGCAUACGCCACCGGUGGUAUGAAGUGACAAAUCUGACCCACUUUUUAAACAUCACGGCCGUGUACCUGUAAUGAGUUGAAUAUGAUUGUAAUAAAAAUAAUACUGCCACUGCCAUGGGAAAUAAUUUUUAAAAAUAGAAAUCUCCUGAUUAUUUUUGUUUGUUCAGGAAAGGCGUAUUCUUUACCUUAUUAUUGGUUUUGUUAUAACUGGACUAACGAUCGAUCCUCAUCAGUUCAAGGGGUGACAGCCGUAAUCAUUAUUUUGGAAUUAUGCCAUCAUGUCUGGAGAUGAAAUUAAAAGUUACAACACUGAUUUUUUUCCAGCAAAUAUUUUUCUGGUGUUUCUGCAACAGAUUCAUCUUACCAUCUUUGGAUCCAAUCCUACAUCUCCAAUAAUUCUUUGAACAAAAUUUAAUUUCAGAACUGAAGUUGUGAAAAAUUUGUGGACAUGUGAUUAUUGCAUUGCAAAUUUUUUUGAUCGCUCUAAAUAACUGUUGCAACAGCAGAGGGGUCAUUUAGCGACAGUAGAGAGGUCAUUCAGCGAUAGCAGAGAGGUCAUUUAUCGAUCUCAAAUUUAUCAAAACGUUUAGGAAGUCAACUACGAUGUACACGUAUUCGGUGCGGGGGUUUGAUUUUUUUCAAAUGGCAUUGAUAAAUUUGGGGGACAAGACAUGAUGAGUGUUUUUUAUAGUAUUUUAUGGAGUUUCUUUUGCCUCAAUAAAGUUCAUUUUUUGUCAAUAAAGUUAUUGUUUUUGUCCCAAUUAAUAAAUGUUCUUCUGUUUGAAUCAAACUUUCUUUUUUCCAAAUACACAAAAAGUUUUAAACAAUUAUUUUGAAACAUGUGGGGGCCCAAAUUUGACUGAAGGUGUGGUCCAGAAAUCCUGUGCACGGUACUGGGUAUAGAAAAAAUUGAAAACCCAUUUAAGUUUGCCAAUUUUUGAGUUUGUUUAAAACUAAUUUAUUAUAAAAGCACUUAUAUAAACUGAUUUUGGUAAAACUUCUUCCUAUGGGCGUCCUGAGGGGAACACUGUAUGUAUUGUAAUAACCCAAGAUCGCUUGCGUCACAACCUGUAAGCACCAUGUAAAAUGGUGCAGCUAGAUGUGUACUGCAGAAAAUAACUGCAGCUCCAUUUAGACACGAGAGAUCGUGCCUCUAGUCCAUUACGUUGGCCGAUCUGUAAUUACCGUGACACAUUCUGGUAUCGUCUCACUGACGACUUCGUCUGGUUUACAAAUACUCUGGAGCUACUCGGGGCGCAUCUUGCUCUCAGCACAACCCUUCCGCCAUGUCUGGUGGAGUUACUUGGAGCGCAUAUUGCUCUUAAGUUUACUGUUCCACAAUGUCCAGUCAGUUUAUUAAAAGCUUGAGGGCCAGUUGGCAGGUCAUUACAGUGUUUCUCACACUCGUUGUUUUGUGCCCGCUGAUAUUCCCGUACUCAGAGAGGUCUCAGGUAAAUAUAAUGUUUAAACUUCCCCAUUCUCACGUUAAACCUCAUAGGGUCUCUAGACUUUCUCGAACCCAAUGUUGGAUAAUGUCUUUAGUCUUUGUUGUAGAAAGAAAGUCUUACUAUUAUUUGUAACCAACCCAACACAGGUAGUACCUUUGUCCAACCUCUAAGAUUCGUUCAGAAAACGGUUCAUUUUGUUUCUUUCGGUUUAAAUUACUGUGCCAGAUUUCAGUUGAAACAAAAGGUCAAAUAAAACAUCCUUCCUUUUUGUUCAAUAUAUGUUCUUGUUUUUUACAUAGUUAGUUGCGCAAAACGUGAACAAACAAAACACAUUGAAAAUAACCGUUAGAUCAUUUUAAUCAAUCACAAAGUUGAGAGAGAAAGCUUGCCUUUAUGUCUACAAAGUUCUAUGCAUGGUGCGCUACUUCGACCAUCUACUCAUUCAAGGCCUUUAUGUCUACAAAGUUCUAUGCAUGGAGCGUUACUUUGACCAUCUACUCAUUCAAGGCCUUUAUGUCUACAAAGUUCUAUGCAUGGAGCGUUACUUUGACCAUCUACUCAUUCAAGGCCUUUAUGUCUACAAAGUUCUAUGCAUGGUGCGCUACUUUGACCAUCUACUCAUUCAAGGCCUUUAUGUCUACAAAGUUCUAUGCAUGGUGCGCUACUUCGACCAUCUACUCAUUCAAGGCCUUUAUGUCUACAAAGUUCUAUGCAUGGAGCGUUACUUUGACCAUCUACUCAUUCAAGGCCUUUAUGUCUACAAAGUUCUAUGCAUGGUGCGCUACUUUGACCAUCUACUCAUUCAAGGCCUUUAUGUCUACAAAGUUCUAUGCAUGGUGCGCUACUUUGACCAUCUACUCAUUCAAGGCCUUUAUGUCUACAAAGUUCUAUGCAUGGUGCGCUACUUUGACCAUCUACUCAUUCAAGGCCUUUAUGUCUACAAAGUUCUAUGCAUGGUGCGCUACUUUGACCAUCUACUCAUUCAAGGCCUUUAUGUCUACAAAGUUCUAUGCAUGGUGCGCUACUUUGACCAUCUACUCAUUCAAGGCCUUUAUGUCUACAAAGUUCUAUGCAUGGUGCGCUACUUUGACCAUCUACUCAUUCAAGGCCUUUAUGUCUACAAAGUUCUAUGCAUGGUGCGCUACUUUGACCAUCUACUCAUUCAAGGCCUUUAUGUCUACAAAGUUCUAUGCAUGGUGCGCUACUUUGACCAUCUACUCAUUCAAGGCCUUUAUGUCUACAAAGUUCUAUGCAUGGUGCGCUACUUUGACCAUCUACUCAUUCAAGGCCUUUAUGUCUACAAAGUUCUAUGCAUGGUGCGCUACUUUGACCAUCUACUCAUUCAAGGCCUUUAUGUCUACAAAGUUCUAUGCAUGGUGCGCUACUUUGACCAUCUACUCAUUCAAGGCCUUUAUGUCUACAAAGUUCUAUGCAUGGUGCGCUACUUUGACCAUCUACUCAUUCAAGGCCUUUAUGUCUACAAAGUUCUAUGCAUGGUGCGCUACUUUGACCAUCUACUCAUUCAAGGCCUUUAUGUCUACAAAGUUCUAUGCAUGGUGCGCUACUUUGACCAUCUACUCAUUCAAGGCCUUUAUGUCUACAAAGUUCUAUGCAUGGUGCGCUACUUUGACCAUCUACUCAUUCAAGGCCUUUAUGUCUACAAAGUUCUAUGCAUGGUGCGCUACUUUGACCAUCUACUCAUUCAAGGCCUUUAUGUCUACAAAGUUCUAUGCAUGGUGCGCUACUUUGACCAUCUACUCAUUCAAGGUUUUAUGUCUACAAAGUUCUAUGCAUGGUACGCUACUUUGACCAUCUACUCAUUCAAGGCCUUUAUGUCUACAAAGUUCUAUGCAUGGUGCGCUACUUUGACGAUCUACUCAUUCAAAGCCUUUAUGUCUACAAAGUUCUAUGCAUGGUGCGCUACUUUGACCAUCUACUCAUUCAAGGCCUUUAUGUCUACAAAGUUCUAUGCAUGGUGCGCUACUUUGACCAUCUACUCAUUCAAAGCCUUUAUGUCUACAAAGUUCUAUGCAUGGUGCGCUACUUUGACCAUCUACUCCUUCAAGGCCUUUAUGUCUACAAAGUUCUAUGCAUGGAGCGUUACUUUGACCAUCUACUUAUUCAAGGCCUUUAUGUCUACAAAGUUCUAUGCAUGGUGCGCUACUUUGACCAUCUACUCAUUCAAGGCCUUUAUGUCUACAAAGUUCUAUGCAUGGAGCGUUACUUUGACCAUCUACUUAUUCAAAGCCUUCAUAUCUACAAAGUUCUAUGCAUGGAGCGUUACUUUGACCAUCUACUCAUUCAAGGCCUUUAUGUGUACAAAGUUCUAUGCAUGGUGCGUUACUUUGACCAUCUACUUAUUCAAGGCCUUUAUAUCUACAAAGUUCUAUGCAUGGUGCGCUACUUUGACCAUCUACUCAUUCAAGGCCUUUAUGUCUACAAAGUUCUAUGCAUGGUGCGUUACUUUGACCAUCUACUCAGUCAAGGCCUUUAUGUCUACAAAGUUCUAUGCAUGGAGCGUUACUUUGACCAUCUACUUAUUCAAGGCCUUUAUAUCUACAAAGUUCUAUGCAUGGAGCGUUACUUUGACCAUCUACUUAUUCAAGGCCUUUAUGUCUACAAAGUUCUAUGCAUGGUGCGUUACUUUGACCAUCUACUCAUUCAAGGCCUUUAUGUCUACAAAGUUCUAUGCAUGGUGCGUUACUUUGACCAUCUACUCAUUCAAGGCCUUUAUGUCUACAAAGUUCUAUGCAUGGUGCGCUACUUUGACCAUCUACUCAUUCAAGGCCUUUAUGUCUACAAAGUUCUAUGCAUGGAGCGUUACUUUGACCAUCUACUUAUUCAAGGCCUUUAUGUCUACAAAGUUCUAUGCAUGGAGCGUUACUUUGACCAUCUACUUAUUCAAGUCCUUUAUAUCUACAAAGUUCUAUGCAUGGAGCGUUACUUUGACCAUCUACUUAUUCAAGGCCUUUAUGUCUACAAAGUUCUAUGCAUGGAGCGUUACUUUGACCAUCUACUCAUUCAAGGCCUUUAUGUCUACAAAGUUCUAUGCAUGGUGCGUUACUUUGACCAUCUACUUAUUCAAGGCCUUUAUAUCUACAAAUUUCUAUGCAUGGAGCGUUACUUUGACCAUCUACUUAUUCAAGGCCUUUAUAUCUACAAAGUUCUAUGCAUGGAGCGUUACUUUGACCAUCUACUUAUUCAAGGCCUUUAUGUCUACAAAGUUCUAUGCAUGGAGCGUUACUUCGACCAUCUACUUAUUCAAGUUUUUUUUUUUUUUUUAGUUUUUUUUUAAUUAUAUUUCGUCCGUAAUUUAUAUCUGCUCUCUCAUAUGAAUAAAAAUUAUCAAAAACCAAGCAAAUAUAAAAUGUUUAUAAAUAUUAUUCUUACUUCUGGAAUCUUGUUGAAAGAAUGCUGAAGAACACGAAGUAUGAACCAUUUGAAAGAAGUUUUAGACAAGAUGGUAAUUUAAAAAAAAAAAAGCAGCAAUUUGAUUAACUUAGAAUAUAUUUUAAAAUUUAGUUUGUACAAAUUUUGUUUGAUUAAUUUUGUGAAUAAUUUUGUGCUAAAUGUUCUGAUUGAUGUUGUGAUAAUUUUUGAUGAAAAAAUGGUGUUAAUAAUUUUGUGAAUAGUGUUUUAAUUAUUGUUGUGAUUAAUGUAACAACAAAUAUUGCGAUUAAUAUGGAAGGUUAUUUGUGGUUGACAGUUGAAAUCUUUAUUGGCCAGGAGUCCAAAUGUGUCU